AUGGCACGAUAUUUCCAAUCUGACUUCUAUCAACAGUCACCAACACUAGAGGUCACGGAAGAAGACGAGAUGAGUGUAUUGGACGACAAGAUCUUGGAACCUUCAUCCGAAGAUCUCUCCGAUCGCCGCGCCUCGUACGACGCCCCAGAUGCCUACUCACAUCGGGAUUCCGUCUGGUCCAACUACUCGCAUACCUCCAACCAGUCCCGAUCAAAUUCGCAUCUCGGUCACUCCAUGCUAAACUCAACGGGCGCCUCAUUCAUGCCCGUCGACGGCCCCCACUCAGCGUCAUACCAGUCGUCAUGGUCCAUGCCGCGCCCCGAUUCCGGCUCGUGUACCCCGACCGCAGGUUACGAUCAGUAUCCCGCUGAAGCAGAGCAGAGUUCGUCUGCUCCAUUUGCCGGUGGUGCUGUUGGUCCUGUUAGUGCGAUCCCUAUGAACCCGAUGUCGUACCGGGGGAGUAUGUCGUUCGCGCCGGGAAGUGUGGCCAUGUCGCCGCAGUCAAGUCAGGGCUGGAUGCCGGCGCCAAUGGAUCUGGCUGAUGCGCCGUCUCAUUCCACCAAAAGUCCUACAUACCGGCACGAUUCCCCGUUGACUGUGCGCCGGGAUGGCAUCCGGAAGAAGAACGCCCGCUUUGAGAUCCCGGCUGAGCGAACGUUGAGUAAUAUCGACUACUUGAUCAGUCAGUCCAACAACGAGGACGAGAUAAAGGAGCUCAAGCAACAAAAGCGACUGCUGCGGAAUCGGCAGGCUGCACUGGACUCUCGUCAGCGCAAGAAAUUGCACACCGAGAAGCUGGAAGAAGAGAAGAAACACUUCACGGCAACAAUCGGCGACCUAGAAGAGGCACUGCAAAGCAUGAAAAUGCGCGAGGCCGAGCUCCUCCGUGAAAAGAGCGAGUGGAUCGUCACCCACCAGCAGAUGAACCAAUACAUUGAAGGCCUGCACAUGGAAAAAGAUGAAGUCAUCCGCGUACACACGCUGGAAACAGCCGAGCUGCGCAAGAAAAACAACAUCCUCAUGGAAACAGUGGACAAACUCGAGCGAGGCGUCAACGUCAAGCCAGUACCAGAAGCCACCCCUGGCGACUUCACCGGCUUCGAGAAUCUCACCAUGGACACCCACUGGGAUGACUUCGCCAUGACAACCGGAGUACCCAUGCAACAAGACCACCUCCAGGCCCGCACCCACGCAGUAAACGUAAGCCAGCAGAUGCAGCCCAAAGCCCCGGAGAAAUCCACCGGCGACCUGCCAAUCAGCUGGAACGCAUUCUACAUGUGUCUCCUGUUCGGCGCAUUCAUCGCCUCAAACAGCACCUCUAUCCCGGGCCGCUCGCUCCCCCAACUCUCAGAAGAGUACCGCGCCGAGUCUGCAAACGUGCUAAAAGCCGUGCUGGCCUCGUCGCCCGGUCAGGACCUGACACAUGCCGCACACGCGACAGCCUCAGGCCCAAACCCCGCAACAAUUAGUGGCAUGGAAAUGGGCCAGAUGGGGGCCCAACAUCAACAGGUCGGACCUUCGGCCUUGGACCAGCUACACGACACAUUAGUCAUGCCGACAGAGCAGCAAGAGCGCGAACAAGUCUUCGCUCUAAACGCCGACCAGUAUAACUCCCUGACGACGUUCGAAGACGAUGGCGCUGGCUUUAAACCGCAACAGCCGUCAAGUUUGCAGCAGGCCCUUGCUGCCAUGCGUAAUUCGGCUGCUCAGCAGAGUCGCUUGCAUGCCGUGCCUUCGGAUGUUUAUUCCAGGUCGCUUAUGUGGGAUCGUGUGCCUGAUAAGGUUAUUCGCGAUUUCAGACGUAUGGUGCAGGACUAUGCUACUCCUGUCAAGGAGGAGGGUAUCUUCCAUGCUUAG